AUGGCAAUAAGCAGUUUUAAAGACCUUGCCCGAGGUUAUGAAAAAUUGCUUCAAAAUGGGUAUCAAUAUGAUGUAAUUAUUCGUGCUGGCGAAGGAAAUAAUUUUAAAGAGAUUCAUGCGCACUCUCUUAUAUUAAGUGCCCGCUCUUCCUACUUUAAUGCAGCACUUUCUUCUAAUUGGGCUAAGAAAGAAGGAAAUUAUUAUGUUUUUACAAAACCAAAUAUUCCUGCAAAUUUAUUUGAAAUUAUUUUGAAAUAUUUGUAUACGACAGAAAUUGUCUUAGCAAAGUUUGAUCAUGUUGAAGCCAUAAAAUUGUUGGUAGCAGCUGAUGAGUUACUUCUUCAAAACGUUACUGAUAAG